AUCGUUCAAAAACAACACGGAGAGGCAGGGCAUCCAUAAGUCCCUGACCUCUCAAAGUGAAACAAAUACAAAAAGAGCUUUGAGCAGAUGAUAAAACGCGACUGGAGCGGCCCACCUCGGCCUUACCCACCGCAGGUGGUGCCAAGAUUAUCGGCAGGUAAUUAGAGGACUGAAAUGACGCGAUUAUAUGACAAGCCAUGGCGGAGUGGGAGUUGGCUCCCUGCAGUUGCCAGAACUCAUCAACAAUCACAAGUCUUGAGGGAACCAGCUCCUACUCCUGCCUAGCCUAGCUCACAGACUUUGAGCGUAUUGAUGAGAACCAUCAGUCACUUGCGACUGAUGAUUCAAGUCAUCAGAUGCUGCUCUCUGAGCCUGAACUGUCAAGUUUGACCUCGGGCCUCGGAAGCAUUGAGUUGCAGCCUGUUGCUCAGAGUGAGAACAGUGCUUAUAGAAAGAGGAGGUCUGCUGGGAAAUUUAGUGGUGGUGCGUGCUGUGCGACUUUCAGGCAAAUAAGUCUGUGGGGAAAUAUGGUGGUGGUGUGGUGGGGGGCACCUCAAAAGACAAUGGAGGAUCCCGGUACCAACGAUCCUGCGGUUGAGCCACCUCAAAAGGCUAGAACUCCUCUUCCGAGUCCAGCAAAAAAUGAGAACUUGGCAACCAACAAUCGUUUACUCCCAACCCAGGUUGUGGCCUGCGUGGUCCAAUCAGGUAAAUCCAAGAUUUAG